GGGUCGCAACGAUCUCGGAUAGCGGGAACGCCGUAGGAUUAGACGACACGAGAGUAAAGGGAACUUCUGGGGGAGGAGAGAGAGAGGUCGAGGUGGGAGUUGCAGACCCAGAGACGGCGGGGGUCGACGCUGAAGCCGUAUCUUGUCGAGCGACGAGGGAGCCUAGGGCCAACAGAGGCAAUGGUGCUGCCGUUACUAAAGCACGUAAGAGCAUGCUCCCUCGUCCGGCCCUUCUUGCAGCUGUCCUAUCCG